GCGAGGGAAGUUUGCUUCUAUUCGCCACUGACGUCUCUCUUCUUUUAUCUCGGACAGGUUGUACCAGUGGUACGCGGGGAUGGUGUAUACCAGCCAGGAAUGAAUGUCAUGCUCCAGAAACUCAAUGAGGGAAAGUUGGUCCAUAUUUUUCCUGAAGGUAAGGUGAACACAACUAAGGAGCACAUGCGUCUCAAGUGGGGCGUGGGAAGACUGGUUGCCGAGGCUGACAAGACUCCACUGGUGCUGCCCCUAUUUCAUCUAGGACUUGAUUCCAUCCUGCCACUGGAAAAACCAAGGAUACCUAGAAUGGGAAAGGAUGUGACCAUUGUUAUUGGAGAACCAUUAGAUUAUGCAGAUUUUGUAUCCAGACUAAAAACACAAAACAAAUCCCCUAUAGAAAUUCGGAAAGCAGUGACAGAUGAUAUUCAGGUCAAACUUCGGCAGUUGCGGUCGAAAGCUGAAAAGCUUCAUUCCACGAGGAUAAAACAAGAUCAAGCUUUCAACACGAAUAGUAGAGCUAUGACAUCUCAAGAGGACAGUGAUAAAGACCUCAAUGUUUGUAACAACAACGAGCCACAGAAGUGUGAUGAAAAUCAAAAGUUGAAUCUCCGAAAAUGUAUAUUUGAAUGA